AUGAGUAAUGCAACAUCUAAUCUAAUGAAAAAUAGUCACGUAGUUCAAAAUUAUGGAUCAACAACAAAUUUGGUUGAAGAAUUUCACUGUCACAGUGAUGAAAAUUUACAACCAACCAUCACCGAUCGACGAGCUAUUCGAACCCUUUGGGCAUCUAUUAUUAUUUGCUUAAUUUUUAUCAUUUCUGAAAUUAUCGGCGGUUAUUUAGCUCAUUCACUUGCAAUUAUCACUGAUGCAGCGCAUUUGUUAACUGAUUUUGCCAGUAUGUUGGUAUCAUUGUUUGCUCUUUACAUAUCCAAAAAACCCGCAUCACAACGAAUGAGUUUUGGUUGGCAUCGUGCAGAGGUAAUGGGUGCAUUUAUUUCCGUUUUUAUGAUUUGGAUUAUAACCGGAAUAUUAGUUUAUAUGGCUAUCGAUCGGAUCACUCGCCAUUCCUAUCAUAUUGAUGCUUCAAUUAUGGCAAUUACCGCAGCAUUGGGUGUUUUCGUUAAUUUCAUUAUGGCAAUAUUGCUUUAUUUUGGUGGACAUACACAUUCCCAUAAUGGUCAUUCGAAUUUAUCCCAUUCAACAAAUUCGGGUAGUACCACAAAUAUUAACAUACGGGCAGCGAUGAUUCAUGUUAUCGGGGAUUUAAUACAAAGUAUUGGAGUACUUAUUGCUGCGAUACUUAUUCUUUUCAAUGAAUCAUGGUCUAUAGCCGAUCCAAUUUGUACGAUAAUUUUUUCAAUUAUCGUCCUUUGUACGACAAUUUACAUCAUUCGAGAUGCGAUGUUUGUUCUACUUGAAGGUUCACCAUCAAGCAUUAAUUUUCGUACCGUAUUCGAUUCAUUGGAACGUAUUCAUGGUGUUGAAAAAGUGCACAAUUUACGAAUUUGGUCAUUAACGCUUGAUAAAAUAGCAAUAAGUGUACAUCUAGAAAUUACACCAGGCGCAAAUGCUCAAUGGAUUUUAAAGCAAACAACACAAAUGCUACGAGAUGAAUAUAAUGUACUGGAAAGUACGGUACAAAUUGAAGGCUAUGAUCCGGAAAAGCAAGAUUGCAAUCAAUGUAUACCACCAGCUUAA